AGGCGCACUCGCUGUCCUCUCGGUGUCCGCGCGGGGCAGGCGGGAGUGUGGAGCGCCGAGUCUGGCCUGUGCGGAUCCCGGGCUUCCGGACCAAGGUACCCGGGCAGCUCGAGUGGGCCGGGCCGCACGACUGUUAACCUACCAAAGAAAUUUCUAGACAAAGAAAACAGGGGAAACGUGCUAGACUCAAGGAUGAUGGAUCCAUGUUCAGUUGGAGUCCAGCUUCGGACCACACAAGACUGCCAUAAAACCUUCUAUACUCGGCACACAGGUUUCAAGACUUUGCAGGAACUGUCAUCAAAUGACAUGCUUCUGCUUCAGCUUAGGACUGGAAUGACCCUCUCUGGGAAUAAUACAAUUUGUUUUCAUCAUGUAAAAAUUUAUAUUGACAGAUUUGAGGAGUUACAGAAGUCAUGUUGUGACCCGUUUAACAUACACAAAAAGCUAGCCAAAAAGAAUCUGCAUGUCAUUGACUUAGAUGAUGCCACGUUUCUGAGUGCCAAGUUUGGAAGACAGCUGGUGCCUGGCUGGAAGCUUUGCCCAAAGUGUACCCAGAUCAUCAAUGGAAGUGUGGACGUUGAUUCCGAUGACCGCCAGAGACGGAAACCGGAUUCAGAUGGAAGAACUGCUAAAGCUCUACGCUCCCUGCAGUUCACAAACCCGGGAAAGCAGACAGAAUUUGCUCCAGAAAGUGGUAAGAGGGAGAAAAGGAAGCUCACCAAGAACUCGAGCGCUGGCUCUGACAGACAGGUUAUUCCGGCGAAGAGUAAAGUCUAUGACAGCCAAGGCCUGCUGAUCUUCAGCGGCAUGGACCUCUGUGACUGCCUGGAUGAGGACUGCCUGGGGUGCUUCUACGCCUGCCCCGCCUGCGGCUCCACCAAGUGCGGGGCCGAGUGCCGCUGUGACCGCAAGUGGCUGUAUGAGCAGAUAGAGAUUGAAGGAGGAGAGAUAAUCCAUAAUAAGCAUGCUGGCAAAGCAUAUGGUCUGUUAUCUCCCUGUCACCCAUAUGAUAUUUUACAAAAGUGAUCACCCAAAUACCUGGCCAGCAAAGAAGUAAGCAGUGACCGAUGUGGAUGUAAAUUUGGAUCAGUCGUAAAUGGAGUUGUAGACGUCGCUGGUCAUGGGAGUCUUGCUGUUCUGGAGACAGAUGUGCCUUGAGGAACCUGAUGCUGGAAGCUUCCCUACAUCGCUGAAAAAAGUGGCUGUGGUGAGCAGAAAGAUUGUCCCAGGAAAAGUGAUGGUGAAACCUUCCCAUUCAAAGCUACUUAUUGUAAAUAGAUAUUUUGCAACAUUGGACUGGUCAGAAAAGUUUCUAUUUAGUAUGUUAUUAACAAAACAGGCAAAUACUUCAGACUACUUUUGGGCAAUAAAAUAAAACUCCAAUUCUGAAUACAUAAACUUUUAUUUUCAUGUCCAUUUGUAGCUACAAGUUGUAUUAUUUUGAUGGAUAUUUAAAAACCAUAUAGCAGUCCUCACCCCUUGGGUUAUUAGCAUUUCUGGUCUUGUGGCCCUGCACUGUUGUGCACAUAGGCCCAGCCCUUAGCUGGAAACAGGGCUGCGACACAAAAUUGAUCUCAGUGCAACAGAGUAGUUGAGUGUGAGACUGCUUUAGAAAUGACCCCGAUUCCUAAGUGCUGAGACACCGUCCUUUCCCUCCGACCGGAGAUGAGCACAGAUGCUCAUGCUGUCGGCUGUUCACGUUCUUGAUGCAGACUAGUCCUGGGGAAGAAUGCUUUCCUCUUCUCCAUGUAAAGCGUGAGCACAGUACAUGAUGAGUAACGUAUGUUUUUGUCGUGGUUGCGAAGACACCAUGGCCAGGACAACUCUUAUAAGAGGAAGCAUUUUACUGUGGGCUCACUUAGAGUUUCAGAGGCUUAGGCCGCUAAGGUAGAGAGCGUGGUGGUGUGCCGACAGGUGUCGGAGUGGUGUCUGAGACCUUUACAUCCUUAUCCACAGGCAGAGAAAGGCUGGGCCUGGCCUGGACUUGUGAAAUCUCAGAGGUCGUCAUGCCCAGUGACACACUUCCUCCAACAAGACCUUAGCAAGCAGUACCUCUCGGUGGUGAUUAAGCGUUCCCAUGUGUGAGCCUGUGGGCCGUUUUUAUUAAAAUCAUCGCAGCGUUAUUUCUGUGCUCUGAGAACUGCAUGCCCAUGCAGUGAGGAUUGAGAGUUCUGAAAAUGUCACUUCAGGGGGUGAUGAAAAAAACAGAGAAAGUAGAACUUAAGUUUCUGGAUAGUGAUUAAAUCUUUGGGAGACAUCUGUACGGGUGUAGUAAGUUGAGUUGACCGUUAGAAUACCAUUUUUGUUCAUUUUGUUAUCUCUACACUCACUGGUUUUUCUUUGAUAAAAUUUUUAACUUGGAAUUAAAUGUUAAAAUUAUUCUUUGGCCCAGCUAUCAGAAGCCGAUAGUUCUUGGAUCUGAAUUUUAGCUGAGAAGUAUCAAUAAAGCUUUUACUACAUUUUUAAAUUAAAAGGCAGGAUUUUAUUUUUAUAAGUUUAACUAUUUUAUAGGGGUAUAGGUAGACUCCAGUUUUAUCUGAAUCCUUAGGAUCCUUUGAUUAUAGUCAUUUUUUUCUUGUUUCUCCUUUGAUUCCUAAAUGUGCUUAUGCUCUUCAAAGAGAAUUUUUGGUGUGUAUUGUUUUGUUUUCUUUGCAGCAGGACCUUGCUCUAUAGCAGAGGCUGGCCUGGGAGCCCUGCAGGCUUCUUACCUCAGCCUUCCCGGGCUGACAUCCAUCUCUCACCACACUGCCAAGUUGUAGGCAUUUAUUUUUGCUUACAGCACAAGUCUAUUUCUAAUGGAGAAAGACCUUAUAUAAAAUGGCUAUAUUUCAGCAUUCCUUUGAACAGAUCUUUUUGUAGACAGUAAUAACUUUUUCCAAGGGGAAACAUCUUGAACAGUUUUGCUGUUUGUUCUUUGUCCAUUUGGGGACCAAACAAUGAGCAUAUUGCAGUGUUUGUAGACAAAUGUAUAUCUGAUCUUCAGUAAACUAAUAAAGACUGUAUUUUAGAAACAA